GGGCGGAGACUUAUCGAGCAAAACUUUUUUUAACGAAAAAGUAUUACUUUGAAGGUAAUCGCACUUGAAAACAAAACAAACAGCACGAAUUUUGACAAUAACAAGGAAAUUACGCAUCGGAAUUUUCCACCACGCCACGCAGAAACCUAUAUAAACAUUCAACUGUUGACAGCACAUACUAUACUGAUUCACAGAUUUUGUGAGAUAUAGAAGAAGAGAGAUAUAGAACAGCUCGUCCGAUAUAUUACAUUGAUUUGUGUUGCCGCCGCAUCCUUUGAAAAACUUCAGGAUGUUUUUAAUGCUGUAUUCUGCGCUCAUGUUUCUAGCAUUGCAAGAAGUCAAAGAAGCGAGUGCUUGCAACAUGCUUGCAUUGAGCGGCGGUGUGGGUUAUACCUCGCCAGAAUACACUUCCCCCAACCAUCCCAGUGUCAGCCCACACAAUCUUGACUGUUUAUACAAAAUCGACGCCCAGAGCAGCUCAAACGUCAUCAAAGUUACAUUCAAUCCCUUCAACUAGGAAAACCAUUUUAAUUGCGCCUAUGACUACGUGGCAGUUUACGAAGGUCCAACUACGUCGUCUCGUUUACUAGGAAAGUAUUGCGGCCCCAAAUCACUAUUUUUCGUCACCGGACGAGGACGGUACAUGUACAUGCAUUACCACACAGACGCCUCUAUUCCUUCGAAUGGAUUUCGUUUCCGCUUUAGCAUCUCAGCAUCUGCCUCGCCUUCUUGCGACCAACUUACAAUUGGGGGAGGACCAGGAAGUGGCUUUAUAACCUCACCCGGCUAUCCGACCAGCUACCCACAUCAUGCUGACUGUAGGUACCGUAUCGAUGCCGGACGAUCAGACCGCCCCAUUACUUUAACGUUCACAGCAUUCCAUCUUGAAGAUCACAGUCACUGCAUCUAUGACUACAUUGAAAUUCGGAAUGGCUCUGAGGGGAAUUGGUCUCCAACCGCAAGAAAAUAUUGCGGUACAACUACACCAGCUCCUCUUGUUAUAAUCGGGCAACGGUAUGUCUACAUUCGGUUCCUCAGCGACGUAAGCGUGUCUGGAAAUGGAUUUCAAAUUCAGUACAAUAUUUCAGACAAUUCUGCGCCACUACCUUGUACGAGCACUUUCAACGUUAGAUAUACAGUCCACACUUCACCCUUAUACUAUACUCCGGGAUAUCCAAACCACAGUCCCCACAGUCUGGACUGUUCCUACAGAAUCAACACCCCGAGCGGCUCCGACCUCAUUAGAGUAAACUUUCAACAUUUUAACUUGGAAAGACACACUGAUUGCCAAUAUGACUACGUCGCGGUUUAUGAAGGACCAAAUGCAUCAUCUCGUUUGAUUGGAAAGUAUUGCGGAACAAACACAUCUUUUAUGGUCACCGGCAGAGCACCGAACAUGUUCAUACACUACCAUACAGAUGAUACCGUACCUUCAUCUGGAUUUCGGUUCAUGUUUAGAACUUGGGUACGACCAGCAAGUACGCCCGCGUCCUGUGACCAACUCUCCCUUGGUGGCGGUACAGGCAUAGGUUAUAUAACCUCACCCAACUACCCAAACCCUUACCCUGGGCUCAGUGACUGCAGAUACCGAAUAAACGCUGGGAAUUCUAACCGCAUGAUUACGUUGCAAUUUCUUUCAUUUAACGUGGAAUUCGACGCAAACUGCAACCAUGAUUAUGUCGACGUCCGACUUGGCGGUUCCGGAAAUUGGUCACCGACUUCUAGGAGAUAUUGCGGUGUACACCUCCCAACCACACAAACUAUAACAGGGGUGCAAUAUGUUUACAUUCGGUUUCUCAGUGAUCAAAGUGUUUAUAGACCAGGCUUUAGGUUGAAGUAUAUUAUAUCAGAACCAACUUUAUGCAACCAACUUAAUCUUGGUGGAGCACCUGGUAGCAAUGGUUUGAUAAAAUCACCCGGCUACCCUAACAACUACCCGGAAAAUAUCGCCUGCAAUUACAGCGUUUCGAGUUCGCCGCCGAACAACCCUGUGUGUCUUCAAUUCCUUGAUUUUAAUCUACAUUCCCAACCCCAAUGCCCGUCGGAGUACGUUGAAAUAUACGAUAGCUGCCAGCCAUCCGCAAGCUCGGUUGGUAAAUAUUGCGACACAGCACCUCCUUAUUUGUCUUGUCUUCUUGGGUGCAUUGCGAUGAGAUUUAAAACGGGUUUGGUAACGGGUAUUGCCACGACAGGAUUUAACGUCCGGUACAACGUGACAGGAACCCACUACCCAUCAUCAGGGGAGAUUACGUCACCAAGCUACCCGGUGCUUUAUCCCAGUAAUGCCGAAAACAACUAUGUUAUCAAACCACCAGGCGCAACCAGAAUUAGUCUCUCGUUUAUGGAUUUUAACUUACAAGGCAGUGAGCCUAGCUGCGCAUUCGACAGUUUAACCAUCAAAAGAGGUUCCGAAUCCGGUACACAGUUAGCUAAAUACUGUGGAGAGAAACGAGCAUUUGCCAGGUUCUUUGACGAGAGCCAGUUGACGUUGGUGUUUAGAUCUGAUGGCUCUAUAAACCGACCUGGAUUCCGAUGUCGUUUUAACAGUGUUAAUUAGUUUCAGCUUGCUUUGAGAUGAUUGUCUUCUCUUACCCCAUAUUGACCUUCUACAAAAUAACAUGAGUAUUUUCCCUAUACCCAAUAUCCAAGAAAUUAUGUUACAUUAUUGCGUAAUGGAAUCUGAAUGUUAAUUUAACAAGAAAUACAAAUAUAGUACAAUCUGCAA